CGCGUGCAUGUAGAUGAGAUCCCCCGGAGCACGUCACGCCGCACCGGCGCUCUGCGUUUGGGGCGGCGGAGAGCGAGGGCGGCGAGCGGGAGCCGCCGGAGGAGGAGAGGCGGCGGCGGCGGCGGCUCGGCGGGCGGCAGCGGCUCGGCCCCGCUCCCUGCGCGGCCCCGCUCCAUGCCGCCCAGCCCGCCGCGGCGCGGGCCCCGCGGGGCGCAGGCGGGCGCCGGGCGCGGGGCGCGGCGGUGCUGAAGGACAGCUCCGCUCCGCGCCCCUCCGCACCCCUCCGCGCCCCGGGCGCGCCCCCCGCCGGGUGGCCGCGGGGCCGCCGGCCGCCGCGCCUUGAUGUGCGCCCUGCCACGGCGCCGGCGGCUCCCAUGGCGGUGGCACGGAAAAUCAAAACUUUGUUGACGGUGAACAUCUUGGUCUUUGUGGGCAUCAUCCUCUUCUCCGUCUACUGCAGGAUCCAGGACCGCUCCCAGGAGCUGGUGCAGAUCGUCCGGAGCGCGGACCGCCGGGCCAGGAGCCGCGGCGCCAAGGUGGGCAGUCUGGCCGACAGGGAGUCCAUCCUGCAGCGCCUGGACCACCUGGAGGAAGUGGUCUACAACCAGCUAAAUGGUCUGGCAAAGCCCAUGGGAUUAGUUGAAGGUCCAGGAGGCCUGGGCCAGGGGGGAAUGGCUGCUACCCUGAGAGAUGAUAGUCAUGAAUCGGAGACUAAGUAUGAAGAAUAUGGUUAUAAUGCCCAACUCAGUGACAGGAUAUCACUGGACAGGUCCAUCCCUGACUACAGACCAAAAAAGUGCAAACAGAUGACCUACCCAGAUGACCUGCCCCAGAUCUCUGUGGUCUUCAUAUUUGUAAACGAGGCACUCUCUGUUAUCCUGCGCUCUGUGCACAGUGUUGUGAAUCACACCCCGUCGCACUUGCUCAAGGAGAUCAUCCUGGUUGAUGACAACAGCGACAAUGUUGAACUAAAAUUUAACCUGGACCAGUACGUCAAUAAAAGAUACCCGGGUCUGGUGAAAAUAGUGCGCAAUAACAAACGAGAAGGACUGAUCCGAGCCAGAAUCCAAGGCUGGAAAGCAGCAACCUCUCCUGUCGUCGGGUUCUUUGAUGCUCAUGUUGAGUUCAACAUUGGCUGGGUGGAACCUGCACUUACCCGGAUCAAAGAAGAUCGAAAGCGGAUCAUCUUACCAGCAAUUGACAAUAUCAAGUACAACACUUUUGAAGUGCAGCAAUACGCCAAUGCAGCCCACGGCUAUAACUGGGGCCUCUGGUGCAUGUACAUAAUCCCGCCGCAGGACUGGCUUGAUAAAGGGGAUGAGUCAGCUCCCAUCAGGACACCAGCCAUGAUUGGAUGCUCGUUUGUAGUGGACCGAGAGUAUUUUGGUGAGAUUGGCUUGCUUGACCCUGGUAUGGAGGUCUAUGGAGGAGAAAACAUUGAAUUAGGCAUGAGGGUCUGGCAGUGUGGAGGAAGCAUGGAGGUGUUGCCCUGCUCUCGCGUGGCACAUAUCGAACGCACAAAGAAACCCUACAACAACGACAUCGAUUACUAUGCAAAGCGCAAUGCCCUGCGGGCCGCUGAGGUCUGGAUGGAUGACUUCAAGUCACAUGUUUACAUGGCAUGGAACAUCCCCAUGGCAAACCCUGGAGUUGACUUUGGAGAUGUUUCUGAAAGAAUAGCUCUACGACAGCGACUGCAGUGCCGGAGUUUUAAGUGGUACUUGGAGAACGUCUAUCCUGAAAUGAGGAUUUAUAAUAAUACAGUCACUUAUGGAGAGGUGCGUAACAGCAAAGCUAGCGGCUACUGCCUGGAUCAGGGAGCCGAAGAGGAUGACAAAGCAAUCCUUUACCCAUGCCAUGGAAUGUCCUCUCAGCUCGUCCGCUACAGCUCCGAGGGUGUCCUGCAGCUGGGGCCGCUGGGCUCCACCGCCUUCCUGCCUGACUCCAAAUGCCUCGUUGACGACGGAAAGGGCAGGACGCCAACUCUGAAGAAGUGUGAGGAUGUCCUGAGGCCAGCACAGAGGUUCUGGGAUUUCACACAGAAUGGUCCAAUCAUCAGCAGAGACACUGGCCGUUGCCUAGAAGUGGAAAUGUCAAAGGAUGCAAAUUUUGGGCUCAGAUUAGUCGUACAAAGGUGCUCGGGGCAAAAAUGGAUGAUUAGAAACUGGAUAAAACAUGGCCGACAUUGAUUGCUGGGGCCGAGCAGCUGCUUCUCCUGCCCUUGUCCAUUGCUCAGUGUGCCAUAUCUUGCAAGGCAUUUGUCUUAAAGCAAAUUAGUUUGAACAGGUCUUGGCUCUCAAGAAUCCUCCAUAGUUGGGCAUUCAAAGAAACAAAGAAACAAACAAACAGACGCACCCACCAGGCACAUACAUGCCCUAUUUGACAUUCCCUGGAAAAGGAGUUUUCUGUUGAUUUGGAAAUCUGCUGAAGAUGAGAACACAACAGAAGAGUGGGUUCCUUCAGCUCUCCUAGAGGAAUUAUAGACAGAUGUUUCUAUGAUGAGUUCAAAGGAGAGAUCCUAAUACUGCCUCAUAAAGAGAGUUCUCUGAUGGGUAGCGUUUUAGCUUUAAGUUAUUGACUGGUGCACAACUCCUGUGGUGAAUAAUCAUGUGCCUUUUUUAUUGUACUUCGUAUAUAAGGGGACUGGAAAAAUCCUACCUUUUCAGCAUGUCUGGUCCAUUGUACUAAACAAGGUGAUCUGUAAAUAGCACUGGAAAUAUAAUAUAAUGUACGAUAAAUUUCAAGGCUGAUGGUUUAGGAGUCUCUAUUUCUACAAAGAGACUGUUCUGCAAAUGUUUACAGGUGGUUCUCAACCUUCAAGCUGCUAAAAAGCAGCAUGAGAGACCUCUUCUAGUUAGACACAGGUAAAUGCUGAAUAGGUAAAAUAGCCACAUGCUCCAUUAUGUUGCCACAUUUCACAUUUCUUGGCUAUAAAGGCAUCACAAUAUAGCACUUGCCUAUUUAACUUUUGAGGCAGUAAACAUCCUAGUAGAUGGGUGGAUUUCUAGAGGCCUCAGCUGGCCCGCAAAGUUCCUAUCCUGCAGCGCUGUGCCACAAACUGCCUGGAAGCUGCAUCCUCGUCACUUCUGAAAAUAAGUUGACAGACUUAGGCACCAUCUGUGGAAUUUAACAACUUGAAUCUUCCAUUUUGUUACCCAUCCUGUGAAAAUGUCAAAUGUGAGCAAAUACGCUUUGUGAGCACUGUCUAGACAGAUUUCCUGAAUAAACCAACAAAGUCUUUUCAGUAUUUGAAAAACAAACAUAAACUAGUGAUAAGAGGACAAAUUAGAGCACGAACUAGGCAGCAUAUAUAAAUACUGUUACUUUGAAAUAUAAAUAUUUUACUGUAGUUGACCCAUUGACAGCAUCUUUGUGAACCUGAAUUUAAGAAUGUAGCCAGUGGUUCAAGCAGUGUCUGUGCACAGGGAGGCGGAGCAAUGGCAAGACCUUAUCCAAAAGGCUGUCUGAGCUGAUGACCGCUGCCAGCGUCAGCGGGCUUUGGACGUGGGGCCAUGGCAGACAGUUUUUCAUUGCAGAAGAUUCAGUCAUGCUGAAGGAGAGACAGAGAUGGUGUGUUAACUUCACUAUUUACUAUUUUAUAGUAAUUAAAAAAAAAAAAUAUCUUCUUUUACUGAGUCAGGAAAAUAGGUAAUUGCAGACACUGUGGUACCAUGAAUCUUGGUGAUCUGUUUCUUGAAGAGCUUUUGCCAUUGCUAUUUCAAGGCAUGCUGAACAAAACAGAAUGGAAACAGUUAAUUUUUCAAGGGCAUGACAUGUAAUAAAGUAUUUACUUUUAACAUGCAAAAUCUAUCCGUUCUUGUCAACUCUUGGUUGGUAUCUGGAGAGCAUAUUGCUAGAUUUUGCCCCAAUUUUAUUUUUGAAACAGAGUGUGCAAGAUGUAAUACAAAGCCAAUUCUUCUGUAGUUUAUUUGUGGCUAAUUGCUGAUCUUUGUCAUGUGGAUCAGGUUAUACAUGAAUACAAAAUUCUGGUUGAGAGUCUAAACAUAAAAAUGUUUUAAAUGCUGUGUUUAUGGUUAGCUGGACACAGCCUCUUGAAUGGUGUAGUAAGAGCUGCAGGGGCAGGUAGCAUCUUUAAGAAAUCAGACAAUACAGUAAAAAAUCAUGGACAAACUCAGUAUUCAAGCCUUCCUGGAAGUCUCAAUCAGGCAGGAAGUUUCAGGGUAAAUACGGAUCAGGAGCAAAUGCCCGUUGCCCUGCAUUUAACCUCCGCGUGUUAACCUGUUAGAGAACUUAAAAGGAUAGUUACCCUCUGAGGAGCAGGUGUUGAAUGCUUUGUACAGGAGCUCUAUUUGCAAGUGACUUUUCAUCUACUCUCCAGAUAGAGUCUUCCCUUUUAAUUUGCAUGAAAGCUGUAUUCUUUUGUUUACUCUGACAGAGUUUUACUCCUUGAAAUAUUUGGUCGAGGGAGGUGAGAAGGCAAAAGAAGGGAAGGACUGUUUUACCAUGUGAGCUUUUUGGCGAGUAACACAACAGGUCAUUUAGACCAUCUGUAGUCUUUCUAAUGAGUAAGUGCUAACUAUUUUAUAUGAAGAUGGCUGGAAGUUGAAAGUAAUUAUAUAUCAGGGUGACUACUACAUACCUAACUAUUAGAAUAUAAAGUUAUUAUACUGAACAGAAGCAAACAUGCCACAUGCUUCCCACCCCCACCCACCCUUUUUUUUUCUCCUUGUCUUGAAUUGACAAUCUACGUUUGGUCCUUGAUUAGCAGUAGGGCAGCAAGCCUUUCAAAUCCUUGGUAAAUGAAAAAGGAAGGCUGAAUAUUUGGAAGAAUACCAGAUUUUAAAUUUACUAUCCUAAAAGGAGUUUAGCAUUUGCAGUUUAGGAGCUUGGAAGCUGAGAGGACCAGGUAGAUCUAUGUUUACUGGCAAAGUUUUCAAGCAAGCGUGACAGCCCUCCGCUCUGAUGCCACCAUAAGGAAUGUGAAUUGGUUGUCUUGGAAUUUUGCCUCUGCACGUUUUCAGUGCCCGAUGCAAAACAUGUGAAUGUGGCCACACUGUCUAACUGAGAGUGGUCAGUCCUGGCAAGCUUUGAGUGCUGAAGCCACAGGCUACAGAAGGCUUGCAAGAACCAGACUUUCAGUGUAAGAAGGAAAGCAGGUUUUUGUUCAUAGGUAAAUGGCUCUGAGAUGUACAGAAUAAUGUAAAAGAAUUCAAUUAACUCUUAAAAGUGGAGUUGGUAUUUUCUGUGAUUGUCAUUUUUUUAAGAUUUACUGAGACAAUUUCUUAUAUUUGGAAAACACAUCUGUUGGAUUAUUUUUACUUUAGUCAUUUUAUCUGUAUGAACCACAGCUUUGGCUGUGGUAUUAACAUGGUGACUCUGCAUGUGAGAGGGUCUUAAAUAUUCUCUCAUAAAAGGAAUAAUAAUAAAAAAAGCCUUGAGUAUUAUCUGUUUUAACCAAAGUCUAUGGGUCUUUUGUUAGCAUUUCACCCCUUAGUAUGAUCUGAACUCCUGCUUAAUGUUGUUUUAAAUUUUCAGUCUUGUUUCCCACAGUGCAGCAGUCCAGAUAUUAUGAAAAGUAUUUAAUACAGUGUACUAUGCCUUGUAGAGAAAACUCAGAUCAAAAUCUUCAAUUGUAAUUUUGUUUGAUUUAGGAGAUUAUGGAGUUAAAUACUAGAUCCUAGGACAGAAGAAUAGGAAGUAAGAAAGAACAUCAGAUCCAGUACACUGCUGUCAAAGGUAAACCAGGAAAAAAAAAUACUUUUGUAAGCAUGUCAAGAUGCCUAAAAAUUAAUUUGAGUCCUGGGAGUGUGUGUGGGGGUGUGUGUGUGAUAAGCCCUUUCUCCUUGGAGAGCUAUAAACUAUUUUCCAAGCUUAAUUCAUUCUUAACUUGAUUAAAGCCAUUUGUUUGUCAGCCAAAAUUGUCCUCUAGCUUUAUUGGCGUAUUGGUUCCUAAGGCAUGCUAACCUCCAGUGCAAAGCAACAAAGAGAAAGAAGAGUUUAAAAAGGUGGUGUUGAAGGACCCAGCUGGGUUCUCCUGCAAUUACGUAAAGAUCUAUAUUGUGUGUAUCCAUGAGGCAUGAAUUUUCUUCCGGAUUGUGUUCCACAACCAAAAAGCUAAACUCGGGUUCCAUAGAACUAAGACAAAAAUGUAGAAACUAACAACAGGUCUUUGUACGUAUUCUGAAACUGCUGAACAAUCUUAUUUCAUUUCAGUGAGUAAUUUGGGGCUUGGUGUGUCUGAAGAUCAGGCCUUCACAGUCCUUUGUUUAUAUUCCAUCGGCCCGUGCCUUUUUAAAAACUGUGGUGUAGUCGAUGAAAACCUCACUUGCCAUGUGACAAGGGGUGUAAUCUAUCUGACACAGGACAGCUGCAAUUUUAAGUACUUAAGCCAGAGCUAAUAAGAUUUAAUUAAAUAGCACCAGUCCUAAUCUGUUCUUUAGAUCAAUUACACAGCAUGUAAUUCCUUCAGUAUCCAGUAUUCAUUUGAAAUGGUUCAUUAACAGCCAUACUAAAGCACAUUAUGGCCUAUUUUGGGACCUAGUGAUUUGGGUUGUAAGGAGAACUUUAACAGAAGUUGGAGUUCAGAGGGAGUUCGACAUUAUUGUUAUUCAGUUAGGACACAAAUACCUUUGAUUUUUUCAUGAAAGGCUUUGGGAAGGGGGCCAACUGUCAGAAUUCACUUAAUUGAAGGUGUUUCUAGCAAUGAUGUUCCAUUUUUGACUGCUGCUAUUUUGACUGCUUUCUUCUUACUGCUAAAGUCAAUCAUGGGGUCAUGCCACAGAUAAUAGAUGAUAUUGCAAAUUAGAAGAACCAUCUAACAAGCUGCUUAGAAACCAAGGAAUGAUCAGGUCUUCACAUGUCUCUAGAUCCAGAUGCUACCAAAGUAAACAUAAUAUUCUGUUUUCUCUGGAAAGAAUCCCAAACUUAACACAUUUUUGUAUUGCUUCAUCAGGAACACCGAUUCAAGAGACCAGUGUAGUGUGUGUACCUCUAAAUCACAUUUUGCAGAUACAAUUUGAUUUUGUGUGUGUGUGACAUUAGUGGACUUAAGGUGAGAGCUGCAGUUACUGAGUUAAUAGAAAAUACAUUAAUUGGCACUGUGGUCUACUGAAGUAUGUGCAUCAUGCAUUUAUAGCUUCCUGUGUCGUGACGGGGAUAUUCUUGAAAUAUUAAUGCAUCGAGUGCAUUGUCCUAGAGAUGGAGUCUGCUUACCUAGUGAAAUAACAGAACUCAAGGAGUGAAUAAUGAAAUUACAUAGCUAAUAAUUCUCAGUGAAUUUGGCAAUAAAGUGUGUCAAUAUUUACAUCUUCUAAAAAUGUAAUGAAUUAGCUUCAGGUUCUCUCUUUACAAUCUCCCUCUCUUACUUUGAUAACUGUUGAAUAUACCUCAUCCCUAUAAACAUCUGGGAUGCUUAUGCUGUGUGAAGACUUUAGCUGUGUCUUCACAAUGCCCCAGCCAUCAAGGGCAUUAGAAAAAAGAGAUAUAUAGUGACCUCUUUAUACGUUGUAAUGGAUUUUAGAACGGUUUCACAAAAUACAUUACAUUAUGAAAGUGUUAAUGAUAUAUAACUGAAGGUAUUGAGUUCAUGGGUUGCCCUAAGUAAAAACUAUGGGGUUUUUGGCCAAGAAUACAGACUUAUAAAUACCCUAGUGCAGCAAUAUAUGGUAACCUGAUUUUGAAGAACGGAAUUUCUGAAUCAAGAGCAUUCUUCAAAGGCUUGAAGAAAUGCUUACUACUUUUCAUAGGUUUACAGUUCUCUAUUGGCCAUCAACAAGUAUUGCAUAGUUUUCAAACUCUUUGUAGUAAGUUUAAUUUAAAAAAAAAAAUUAAGACAGCAACUAGAAUGCAAGUUGUGACUGCAAAUAAUUUUUCAUUAUGUGGCACAUCAUCAAAUCAACUUGUAUUUACACUUGAAAAGUUAAUAAAUUACUAUGCAUUUUACUGCUGACAUGAGCUGCAUUUUUUAACAUUGUACAUUUGGACACCUUGUAUUAAAAUUUGAAGUUGUUACAAAGGAAAACUAGAAAAGCAAACUAUACAUGCACUUUAAAAUUUAAAUUGCAUGUAGUCUGCUCUGAAAGGUAGCCAGCCCAUUUUUGAGGUGAGCACAGCACACUUUGCAGCAGACUGCAAGCUGUUCUAAAGCGGAUGAGCUCUGUGCAUGUCGGAGGAGAUGCAUCACCACACACUCAUUAGAGACUGAGCCCCUGAGCGUGCGCAUCCAAGACUAGACAGAUAAUAGUAUAGACUGUGAUUGCCUCGUGACUGGCAGACCUGAGGGGAUGCUUGACUUACUGUCCGAGUACAAAGACAUACUUGUGUAAUGCUUGCAGGUACCAAUCCACACAGCAGUACAAGCUCUGCUCUUGAAUGGUCCUGUGGGGACUAGUUAAAUGCUCCACAAGAAGCAUUCAAACAUGGAUUAAAAAAAUCCCCAUAAAAAAAAAUUCUGACCUUGCAAUCACCAUUCCUGUGAAAUCAUUGGGGACCAUGGGGAAAAAUACGUUAUUGAGCUGCAGCCAGGAAGCUGGUGAUGAAAGUGUUCUCUUUCUAGGAGUUGUGCAUUGGAGCUAUGUUUUAGCAAUUCAGAUGUGUAAGAGCACAAUUGAUCUGUCAUUGAUGUGUUACUGUUCUAAAGAACAUGACCAAAGAAACAGAAAAACUUAAGCUUCCCAAAUUGCCUAGUUAAUACAGAGGACUGAAGGAUAUCCCACACCCUGUGACCUAAUCUCCUACAUCAACCGAGAGGCCAGUUUGCAGAUGGUGUAAAAUGUCAUUGUUCUGCUGCAGCCAAGGAAGUUGUGGCUACUAUAGUAAUUUUUACCAUCUGUAGAGCUGGUCUGUUGCAACUGAUGAUGUUGCUAUUGAUUUGCCUUUUUUUUUCUGCUUCUGAAGUCACUUUUAGCUGCCCAAAGGCAAUAGAAAGGAGAUAUGAAUUGCUUAUGAACUCCCUUCUAUACUGUCAUACUUCUACCAGAAAUCUACACAGCCCAUCACCUCAUCAUUGAAAACAGCCGAUAAUUGAUGUUCAGAAGAGUGAAACAGGAGACAGGGAAAAUGUAGAAUGAUCCUUUCAUAAUAUAUCUCCCUCUAAUUUCAAAAGGGAAGGAUUCCCCAAGCCAGAGGCUAUACACAAUGAUCCAACCAUUAGAUUUAAUAAUACUGUGGGCCUGUACAUAUUUAAUCUAGUGUUAUCUCUGGAUGUCACAGCCUCCUGUUGUAAUAAAUAGCACUAUUGCUGCGAGUCAGUAUG